GGAUUACAUUUCUCUAGUGUAAAUCAUCCUGUGUGUUGGGAUAUGCAUGUUUUUCAGGGACAUGAACUUUACCUUGUUGCUCAUACUCCUUUUCACUAUGUUAUCAUCACACCAUGCCAGGUUUUAUCCAGACCAGGUCUUGACUCCAUGUUUGUUUUAGUACACUUACUUUUCUUAGACCAGUAAAUCCGGAUGGAUAAAAGUCCAGCUGAAGGUUAUUUCCUGCCUGAAUAUCCUGUUUCACUUGAAAAUGUCAGCUUACACAUGAGUUAUGAUUUGCCUUUAAGUGGGUUUUAUGGGCAGGUCAUCCGGAUGUCCUUAAUCUCAAACAAAUUUAAUACCAAGUGCAUACACGUGACAUUACAGGGUGGAAUAAUGGGUCAAGUGGUGAUUGUUUUAUGCUGUUGUCUUUGGUUCAUAAACAUAUUUUCUUUUCAUGCCACUAGUACUGUGUCAUAGCCAGCAUGGGCAGUACAAUGCCUUACUUUUCACACAAUGUUUUGUUUUAUUUUAUUUCAGCAAAGAGUGAAUUCUCUUUGGUUUCAGGUUUACCAAUCCUCCUCAUGCACCAAGCCAGUCCUAAUUCUUCCACCAGCACAUAACAGUUUCAGAAAGAAAGCAAUUAAUAUCCUAUUCUUGAGAAUGAUGCCGAUAGCGAGUUCUAUAACUACAAAGCCCUUAAAUGUUGGAGCUGUAAGUAGUUGUACAAAAAGUGUAUUUAGACUUAAAGUUCUCUCAUUUCUUUAAGUAUACACCUCUUCCCAGUACCUAUUCUAGAAAGCCAUCAAAGUAUACAUGGCCCCUCUCUCAACUUGGUAUCUCGUGAAUCCCAGCCAUCUACUGGGGUGUCUGACCCUGUUUAAGUCCUCUCUAGUGAGAGCCCAGUCUUAUUUUAGCCUUGCUACAUCAUCCCGUCAAAACAGAUUGAUGGAGAAGAAGAGGGGGUAUAAAGGGGGGUAAUAUCAGCUGUACCAUUUGAGGCCCUUCUACCCUCAUUAGUCAGGUGUCUGUCCUGUUCAUGAGGCAAUCUAAAUCAUACAUGACUUUGUUUGUAAAAAAAAAAAAAAAAUAAGGAUGUAAUUCCUGUUGCACAUUUGGACAUUGUGACAGAUGUGCUGACAGAGGUUUAUGCGUAUGAGGGAAAGACUGAGCGGCAUAAAUAAUAAAUCUGCCCAUGACCCACUGAGAAAUGUUGUAAUGGCGCAAACAGCAGCUCGUGCAAAUGCUUAUGUUAGACCUGCACAUCUGGAUUUAAAUAUAAAUGCUUAGUUUGUAACAGGGCUUAUGGGGCAAAGAGGUUAAAGUUAUCAGUGGCUGUCAGAAUGAGUUCUACACUUUUUUUUUUUGCAGGGUUCUUUAAAGAUUAUAUGGAAGGCUAGUGGUUCUAGCAUGCACAGGCCCUAAUUGAAAGCUUUUCUGAAAUGAAAAUACUCUCAGUUGUUAGGUUCGACAGAUCUUUUAAAGGUCAACAACUUGUAGGGUACUAGACAGGACCUUUUUUUUGUUUUUUUUUUUUAAAUAAGCGUGUAUAUUGUACUUUAUCUUUUUCUACCAGUGUUGGGUCUAUAUUUGUCUUUGUUACUUUUGCUGCUAUCUCUGAGCAGGGAGCAGACAUCACCUGCUGACUUUGUCAUGCUGGAGAUGUUUCUGCACACAGUCUAAAGGGGGAAAAUCAGGGGUUUCUCAAGUGUUCUUUGGUUGUUUACUGGCUUUAGAUUUCUAAAGGAGUUCUGCUUGGAGCCUUUUCUGAAAGGGUAACCCUCUACAUUUACAUUUACAUUUACAGCAUUUAGUGGAUGCCCUUAUCCAGAGUGACUUACAGAAGUGCUUUGUGCUCUCUAUCAAAAAUAUAUCCUUAUGCUAGUACACUAGGUGAGGUAUUUUGCAUGCCAUCAGGCUUAAACAUUGUUAGGGGGAGGUUAGUUCAGCAUGAAAAGAAAACAAGUCAAGGGAUAUUUUUUUAAAAAUAGAAGUGCUAAUUCGAGUGCUUGGUGAAGAGGCAGGUCUUUAGUCUUCGUUUGAAGACGGGCAGUGACUCAGCUCCUCGGACAGUCAGAGGAAGUUCAGUCCACUACUUGGAUGCCAGUGUAGAGAAUAGUCUUGAUGGAUGUCUUCCAUGUACCUUGAAUGAUGGUGGGUCCAUUCGAGCCAUGCUAGAUAGGGUGUGAUAAGUCCCUUAAGGUUAAGGUGUAUCCUGGCCCCCAGCCGUGUCUGUGAAUGUCUGUCACCAUGGCUAAGCGUGAGACUGGCAGCACAAGUCCAGUGGUGCGGCAAAUAGACAAGCAGUUCCUGGUCUGUAGCAUCUGCCUUGAUCACUUCCACAACCCCAAAGUGCUGCCCUGCUUACACACCUUCUGCGAACGGUGCUUACAGAACUACAUCCCACCCCAGUCACUGACCCUGUCGUGUCCGGUGUGCCGACAGACCUCCAUCCUGCCUGAAAAAGGAGUAGCAGCGCUGCAGAAUAACUUCUUUAUCACCAAUCUGAUGGAGGUGCUGCAGAGGGAUCCGGAAUGUUCCCGUCCUGAGGCCUGCAACAUGCUGGAGUCUGUGAGCGCAGCAGCUGCUGGGAAGCCUCUUUCCUGCCCAAAUCACGAGGGCAAGGUGAUGGAGUUUUACUGUGAGUCAUGCGAAACUGCCAUGUGUUUAGACUGCACAGAGGGGGAACACAGAGAACAUGUCACUGUUCCGCUGAGGGACGUUCUGGAACAGCACAAAGCAGCACUGAAGAAUCAGCUGGAUGCCAUUCGCAACAGGUUGCCUCAGCUCACAGUUGCUAUUGAACUGGUGAAUGAAAUCUCCAGGCAGCUGAUGGAGCGAAAGACUGAAGCAGUGAAUGAGAUCAGCUGUACAUUUGAGGAGCUAGAGCGGGUUCUUCACCAACGUAAGACUGCCCUCAUCACCGACCUAGAGAACAUCUGGAGCUCCAAGCAGAAGGUGCUGCAGUCCCAGCUGUUGUCCCUGCAGCAGGCAAAAGAACAUAUCGAGAGCAGCUGCAGCUUUACAGAACAGGCGCUGAGCCAUGGGGGUGCUGCCGAGGUGCUGCUGGUGCAGAAGCAGAUGGGGGAGCGUGCAGGUGCUCUGGCGUGUCACACCUUCCCUGAACGGCCGCAUGAGAACGGACACCUACAAUGCCGCCUUGAGACAGAGGGCCUGCGGCGCUCCAUCCAGAACCUGGGCGUCCUGAUCACCACUAGUGCUGUGGGACACACUAGCGUGGCCACCGGAGAGGGCCUGAGGCACGCCGUCAUCGGCCAGCACAGCACCAUCACCGUCACCACCAAGGACAAGGACGGAGAACUGGUGCGAAGCGGAAAUGCACUUCUGAAAGCGGAGAUCACAGGGCCAGAAGGAAGCAAAGCAGUCGAGGUGGAGGUAGUGGACAAUAAAAACGGCACAUAUGAAGUGGGCUACACGCUGAGGAGCGAGGGAGAGUAUUCCUUCUCACUGAUGCUCUAUGGCCAACCUGUGAGAGGGAGUCCGUUCAGACUGCGUGCCGUGAAGCCCAGUGACGUGCCUCAGUCUCCUGAAGACGUGAAGAGGAGAGUGAAGUCACCCAGCGGAAGUGGAGGACACAUCAGGCAGAAAGCAGUGCGAAGACCCUCCAGCAUGUACAGCACUACUAAGAAGAAGGAGAAUCCUAUUGAGGAUGAGCUUAUCUACAGAGUAGGCACAAGAGGCAGAGAGAAGGGCGAGUUCACUAACCUUCAAGGCAUCUCCACCUGCAGUGGCAGAGUUGUAGUGGCAGACAGCAACAACCAGUGUAUACAGGUGUUUACUAAUGAUGGACAGUUUAAGCUGAGGUUCGGAGUGAGAGGCCGCUCACCAGGGCAGCUGCAGCGACCCACAGGAGUGACAGUAGACAUGAAUGGAGACAUCAUAGUAGCUGAUUAUGAUAAUCGAUGGAUAAGCAUCUUCUCCUCAGAAGGGAAGUUUAAGAAUAAAAUCGGCGCUGGGAGGCUGAUGGGGCCGAAGGGCAUUGCAGUGGAUCGUAACGGACACAUCAUCGCUGUAGAUAACAAGGCAUGCUGUGUCUUCAUCUUCCAGUCCAACGGGAAACUGGUCACCAGGUUUGGGGCAAGGGGCUCGUUGGACAGACAGUUUGCAGAAAAAAGUGGUUCAAACUUUGCACAGGAGCAAAAGCUUAGUAAAUCUGGCCCUGGGUUCAGUCCACACUUUGUGGCUGUCAACAACAAGAAUGAAAUCAUAGUAACAGACUUUCAUAACCACUCGGUUAAGGUGUUCAGUGCAGAUGGCGAGUUCCUCUUUAAAUUUGGCUCACACGGUGAAGGAAAUGGGCAGUUUAAUGCCCCGACAGGAGUGGCUGUUGAUGCAAAUGGGAACAUCAUUGUAGCCGACUGGGGUAACAGCAGGAUACAGGUGUUUGACAGCUCAGGCUCCUUCCUGUCCUACAUCAACACGAGCGCAGACCCGCUGUAUGGGCCGCAGGGUUUGGCGCUCACGUCUGAAGGUCACGUGGUUGUUGCUGACUCGGGGAACCACUGCUUUAAAGUGUAUCGCUACCUGCAGUAGUGCUGUUUUGCACGUUCAGCUAAGAUCAAGCCCCUUAACCAAACUAUAGAGGAUGAGCGGAAAGCACGAGAGCAUUUUUCUUUCACAGUGCAGUUCUCCAAAAAAUCCUUUUCUUUUUUUUUUUUUUUAAAUUUAUAAUGGUGAUCUAGACCUUAUGAUUGUUUAGAGUGGAUGUGGGAGGGUGAUAUAAUAAGCACACAUUGUACAAUAAUUCACCUCUAGGUUGAUAAGAAAUUGGUAAAAUUGAGAAUAACUUGUGUACAGCACUUUCUCUGAAGCAUGCAUUCAUAAGCUAGUGUUAUAAUUUCUGCAGUUUGGUAACUACAGACUUGUUUUUUAAUCUUUAAAAUGGCUCAUAAAAAUACAAGUUCUAUAAUUAAUUCCAUGAUAACAUGUAAACAUUUACCUUAAGAUAAACAACCUAAUUACAGAGCAUAAGCAAAUGCACAGUCCUGCAGCUUAAUUUAGAAAAUUUUGCAAUUCAAAUUCAUUAAUUGCAUUUUUUUCAGGGAUUUUCAAAAUUCAGCAGUUAAGACACUUGUAAUAAAUGAGGACAAAUGCGUUACAUGUCAUUAAGGAAUUAAUUAUACUGGUGCAUUAUGAGUUAUAUAAUUACUAACACUGUUACCAAAUGACAAAGAAUUAUCUGUUGUUAUUAUACACUUGCAUUUUUAACCUUCCUGAGGAUUCACUAGUUUCUUAGAUCAGAAAUGAAAUUAGAACUAAAACCUCUGACAGCUUUACUUCCCAUCUCUCUCAAAACACACACAUCCCGUUUGUCUUUUGAGUGCAAACACCAGUUGUGGAUUUUUAUGCCUGUGUGUUUGUAUCUAUGCGCAUAUACAAGUGUCUGUAAAUAUGCAUAUGUGUGUAUAUAUGAGAAUAUAUAUGUAAUCUGGAAAUGUACCACACUUUGGCUUCUCAUCAUCCCCUGAUUAAUGUCACUGAUCUGGUGUUGUGCUUCAGAUGUACAGACGUAAUGCUCAAAGGAAAUGAGUGACUGCUGUGUUUACAGCAAGAUGCAGCUGCCAAAAGGACCUGAUUUAUUUUUCUAUUUCAUUUCAUCAUGCUACUUUAUUGUUUAGAGUAGUCCUAUUGAAAAAGAAAAAAAAAAACCCUUGUUGGCUUUGGGGGAGGAGCAGCGUUCAGAUAAAUGUUGUGUUAAUUGCAGUGUGUUUGCACAUAUUGAGUCCCAUAUACAGAAUAUCUUUGUAAAUAAUAAUUUCCAUUUAUACAGCCGGUGCAUCAUUGUGCUUACUGUGGCAGUGGAAAGGUCGUCUUUUUAUCAGUAUUUAACUGUUUUUAUUUAUUUGAUGUUUUGUACAGACUUUGUUCUCUGUUUUGGGUGUUUUUGGAGGAGCUCCGCAUAAUUCUCACCAGCCAAAGCUUUCAAUAAUGUCUUUUUUUUUUUUUGUACAUUUUUCUGUUCGCUUUUGAGAGCCUCAUCCAUUUGUCUUGAGGUAUCAGGUGCUGUUUAGGCCAUAAAGGAAACUCAUUAUUUUUUACCACUUACAGUCAUCAGUCAUAUCGAGUGUGUGUGAGUUUAAGGUAGUGUCGUGUGAGAGCAUUGUGUGUGUAGCUGUUGCUUAAUGACUCAGUUUAUCUGUUUCUGGACUGGAGUUACAUGCCGGGAAAGUUGUGCAUGAAGAGGCUAUUCCAGCAAUGUGGACUUUUUUUUUCUUUUUUAAAUCAGUUUUGUUGCAUCUAAUAUCUGUAAAUGAAUAUGAGUAUUUGUCAAACGUCAGACGUCUCAGAGCAGUGGUUCAGUAGUGGGGACGUGUCGCUCUGCACGUGUGUGUUUUCCGUGUUGAUCAGGCUUCAAGCUCUUCGAUUCCUUCAGGCAGGUCCCCACAUCUGUGUGCAUCCCAAACACUCAUGUGUGACGACUUACUCAAUUCCUUAGAUUCAUAAGUUUUUACAAAUCUUGCAAGAACAUGUUUGGGACUUUAAGACACAUGAUACUUGGCUCAGUUUGACCCAGCACACAGACGGACGCUAAACAUGUUGCUGAUACUGUAGCUAAUUUUUACACUUUAUUUUAUUAACUAAUUGCACAUGUGUAAAUCAGCUCACAAUUAUUUCUCACUGAUGUAUGCCUGCAAUGCAUUAUGGGAAUGGCUUCUGUGCAUUGUAGCAUUCUUAAAAUAGUUGAUAGUUUAGUUUAGAAGUUUUAGCAUUUGGGACAAAGCAAUUAGAUUUUGAGCAACAGGACUGAUCCAUAGUCAGUUUCUGUCUUCCAUUAUUGUGUUAGCAAAAAGAGAGCAAAAGAGCUGAACCUCAUCUCUGAGACGCCCAACACACACACACCCACACACACACAGCACUCACUGAUAAUCAUCACUAACUCCUUCCAGAACAUAAACUAGAACCCAUCAUUAAUUACAACUCAUUCAGUAAUAAAAAGUCUUGUACAGCA